CAUGUGAAUCAUUUAAAUCACAAUUUGCAACAAUUUGUAAAAGUAUUCUAUACAUUAAUAACUAAUUUAUCGCAAUAUAACUAAAAAAUACUGGAAAUAGGCACAUUAUGAGAAAGCAGACUUGACACUUUUACAAAAGUUGGUGAUGACGUUUAUUAAUAAAUGAUUAACAAAAUAGUAAUGACAAUUUAACGACAGCUGACGGCACAUAAACGACUUAAGCAUUGUGUACGUGGAGUUUCUGCUAGUAUUUAUGUAUACAAAAGAGUCUGUCAGUUAAUGCAAAAUAUGAAAUUGCUAUAAAUAUAACGUAGCACAAUAUGUGGAAGGGUUCAGAAAUGGAUUCCAGUAUUCCUGAAGGUGGAGGAACAUCUUCUAUGGAAAGUCCUCCCCAAACUCAAGAACUUAUAGAUUUAAAAGAUCAAUAUGAACAACAACAAGUUCUCAUUUCCCAAUUAAAAGAAAUGCUUCGCAAAAAUGAGCAGACAACAGUAACACCUGAGAAAGUGGAGGAAUAUGCUAACACACUGAACCGAAUGAGAGCAAAAGCCAAGCAAGGGAGAUCACAAAAACAAGAUAAGGAGCAUAAAGAUGGACCUACUGAAAGUAGAAGAGCUAGUACAGUCAACAUCCAAGCAAAGGAAAAAAUAUUGCUUCUUCGACAAAAAGUUGAAGAGAACAAGGCAAAAUUAGCAAAACGUGAUAAAGAUCAUAAAGGUUUAGAAGAAAUGGUUAUACAAUUAAAAGCCCAGCUGGAUGAUUCACAACAAUUUAUACAUCAAACAUCAAUGAAUCUAUCAGUUGCUGAGCCUAAAGUGGAAAAUCUCAAUUCCAAUUCCAGCUCUGAAGAGCUAUACAAUGCUUUGCUACUUAAAGAAAAGAGGAUUGCAGAUUUGAAUAAUAAAGUAUUAAAACUGGAGGCAAAUGUUCUUGACUUGCAGGAAAACUUGAAAGAAAAGGAUUCUGUCAUUGAUGCAAGAACAAAAGCAAUUACUCUAAUGUCAGAAAAUAUGAGUAAAAAAAGUAAAGUGACAGUAGACGAACUAGAAGAUACAAAAGAGCAAAUGAAAAACAUGCAGGCAAAUUUUGUUGCUCUUGAAAUGCAGCUAAAUAAUCAAAAGCAGAGUCUUUUGAAGCAACUCAAAGAGAAGAAUAAUGAUAUUGAAGAACUGAGUGCUAAGAAUGUUGGACUUGAGGACAUAAUAAAGAACAAUGAAGAGAAAAUAAAAGAACUUGAAAGUCAAGGAUCAGCAAGCAUUGGAAGUCAAAAUACAAAAAAGGGAAAGAAAAAUACUCAAUUGCAAAAUAAGAUAGCUGAACUUGAAAAGCUUCUAGCUGGCAAAGAAGAAGAACUGAAAGAUUCUCAGAAACAAGUUGAAAAUCUUCAAACCAAAAUUGAAGAAGCUACUGAUGAGAACAAAAUUCUGAUAAAUAAAUUGAUGGAAUUAGAAAAAGAAAUUGAAAAGAAACAAGCUGAAAAUGAGAGUAGCCUUAAUAAGGUAAAAGAACUAGAAGAUCAGUUAAAGGCUGUAAGUAAAGAAGAGACUAUUAGGCUCCUUGAACAAACUGAUACAGAUGAUGAAGUUAAAAAGUUGAAAAAACAAUUAGAUGAAUACAACAAGAACAUGAUCAAAGUGAAAGCACAACAUAAAAGUAAAUUAAAAGAGUUAAAUAAAAAAUUAGACGACUUCAAAAAAAUCAGCGAUGUUAAUGCCGAAAUUGUUAAACUUCACAUUGAAAAUGCAAAACUAAAACAGCAACUAUCUGAAUUAGAAUCAACAAAAGGUGACUCCGUCAACCCUGAAAAAGAAACCUUUAUUGCUGCCUUAAGAGCAGAAAUACAAGCUUAUCAAGAAGAGGUAGCCACAUUGAAAGACCAACUUAAAAAUUUGUCCGUCCUUGAAAAUGCUCAAGUAACCUCCGAAAUAAACAAUAUCCAUUUGGAAGAAAGAAUAGACAACCUAGAAGCUGAAAAACGAAAACUGGAAGAAGAUAAACAACUAUUGACCGAAGAAAAUUUGAAUCUUUUAGAAAAGAUAGAAGAUUUAAAGCGCGAAAAACUAGACGUUUCUGCUCGUUUAGACCAAUGCCUCCAAGAAAACAUGGAUCUUAUCGAUAAACUGGAUAAACUCAGUGCAGAAAAAGUAUCGUCAGCCGAAAGCAUAGAAAUAGUUGACGGACUCACUCAACAAGAGAAACUCGAACUGGAAGCUUACCAGAAGAGUCUGGAAACAACCCUCGAUGACUCAGGCAAAUGUGAGGAGCAUCUGGAACAAAAUGUUGAACUCAAUGAAAGUGUCAAUCAGUUAACAGAAGAAACGUCGGAUCUGUUGAGAAAAAUUGAACUCUUCACCGAAGAAAGACGAGAAGUCAUGGAGAAAAUGGAAUCUAUAACAACAGACAAUAAUCAAUUACAAUUGAAAAUAAAAGAGAUUGAAAAUAACCGCGACAUUCUAGCAGAAACAUAUGAACAACUUCAAAACGACAAGGAGAAAUUAGAUAACAAACUUGAAGAACUAGAAAGCGAAAAUGCCAAAUUAAAGGUGGAAAUCGAAGAAUUGAAAAGCAACAUGGAAGUUAAACAUGGAAACAUUGUGGAAGAAACCAUCAAUUUGGAAAAAGUAGCUCCCCUACAUGCUGAUGCUUCUCAAGACAUAAACAAGAAACUCCAAGAAGAAAUAGUGGAGUACAAAUCUUUAAUUGAAAUUCAAAAGCAAGAGAUUAAAGACUUGAAACUCCAGUUGCUUUCUUCAAACACGUCUGACGAUUUAAAGCAAGAACUUGCUAACCUCGAACUUCAAUACGAAGCGUUAUUGUCAGAAAACCAGAAAUUAAAAGAAGCUGUCAAAACGAACUCCGAAUUAGUCCACGAAAAAGACUCGAUCGAAGAGCAACUACGCGAUGCGAAGAAGAAAACUCACGACUUAGAAACGAAACUUACGAACGCACUGGCGGAAAUUAACGGAUAUAAAUCGGAGCUCCAGGAGAAGAGCGAAGAACUAAACUCGUCUAAUAAUCAACUAACACUUUUGCAAGAAAAAAUUGAAGAUCAACAAGCAGAACUAUCACAUUAUGAAAGCACCAUCAACCAUCUAAACUCUCUCGUAUCAGAUUUGACUGACAAAAGCAAUGAGCUUAACUCACUGAAAGAAAUGUUUGAAAAGGACAUGAAGCAUAUCGAAGAUUACGAAGAAGAGCUAGCCAGAAAUUCUGAAAUUAUCGUUCAUUUAGAAAGCGAAUUGAAAAAGUUGAAUAUGAAGAUUCAUGAGACUGAGCAGUUGUUAGAUUCCAAAGAUGAGGAAAUUGAAAAAUUGAAGAAGGAAAGAGAAACUAACGAAGUCCUCAUCAUUAAUUUACGUGAAGAAGUGAACAGUAAAGACGAGAAAUUCCAUAAAGUAUGUGAUCAGCUACGAGAAAAGUGUAACGCUAUGCAGAAUCAAAUAGAACAUAACCAGGAUUCUAUGAAGGACAUCAGGACUCCGUUGGAAGGCAGAAUAAAAGAAAUGGAAGACAAAAACAAGGAGCAACUCGAAAAGAUGAAAAAACUGGCAGCAAAUUUGAAGAAAAAGUCAUUGCAGUGUCAAGAACUUGAAAAGCGCGUUUCUGAAAUGACCAAAACCGUUGAAGAUGAAGUUACCGAAAAGGAAAAACUACAGGUCGAAGUUAAAGAAAAGGAUGAAGCAUUGUCAGAAAAAAGGCAAGAAGUUGAAGAAUUGCGCGGAAAACUUGAGGAAAUUACCACGAAACUGCAAGCAUUUGAAGAAAGAGAAAAUGACCUAGGACGAAUUCAAAACGAGAAUGCUCAAUUACGAAGCCAAAUUAAUCAAUACAUCGCCAUUAACAACGAUUUGCAGAACAUAAAAACUGACUACGAAACUCAGAUCGCUGCUUUUUCAGAUGAGAUGGAAAUCAUGCGUUCUAAUAUCAACAACGCCAUGAACAUUGAGAUAACCAGAAAAGACGAGAUGAUAAACGAGUUAAAUGAAAAAAUUGAGGCACUGAAAUACAAUCACGACACGAGUCUCAACGCUGCACAAGUAAAGAUUCAGGAAUUGGAGAUGUACAUUGAGACACAGGAAGCUGAGUUGUCCAAAUAUAAAAUUAAAGCUAACAAAUUGGAAGAGGGAUUGCUGGUAGUGGAAGAAAGACGUGCUUCUUUAGAAAGGAGAGCUAUCGAAUUGGGUGCCCAACUCGAAGAAAAGUCGCACAACUACGAAGAGAUAUCGCACACAGAAGACAUAUUAGAACAAAGACUCAGUGCGUUGCUCAUUCAUGAUGAAAUAAUCGAGAAACGUUUGCAAGAAACAACAAAUGAAAACCAUGACCUUUCUGAACGAAACCGUUUCCUUUUGGACGAAAAUAGCAGACUACGAGAAGAGCUCAGCUCUGCCUCUGGAAAAAUUGUGGAUGUUUCUGAUUUUCUUGAAAGAAUAUCGUUUUUGGAAAGCGAAAAUGCAAAACUUACAGAUGAUGCCAUAAAUCUUGAGAACGAACUUAAGAGAUUACAACACGAUCUGAACAAGAAACUGCUUGACAAAGAGCAAGAAUUAGACGCGUUAGAAAAUGAACUUCAGAACCAAAUACAGAUAAACUCGAACGAACGUAAAAAUCUUCUAGCCCAAUCAGAACACCUCCAAGACCAACUUAAAGAAAGUCAGGAAAAUCAAGAACUUCUACAAGAAGAAAUAAACAGCUAUGAGAAAAAAUUAACUGUAAUGCGAAAUGAUUUACAAAAUACAACAGCAGAACUUCAAAAAAUAAAAAUCGACAAUGAAAAUAAUGUAGCAAUUAUUCAACAGUUACAAAAUGUACAAGAGCAAAGCGUCGAAAGCAAAGUUCCUAGUGUAGCAUCGUAUUUCGGAAGUGCACCCCAACAGUUGUUUGAACCAGAACCCCAAAAAGAUGAUGCACGUAAUGAAGAACUUUUACAUGAGUUAGAAGCUACAAAUAAGAUACUCGACAAUGUGAAACACGACAAAAGCUGUCUAGAAUCUAAAAUUUUGGAAAUGGAAGAACACAUUUCUAAGUUAAAUUCUGAAAUUUUAAACUACAAACAACUACAAGCCCAUCACGUGUCUAAACAAGUAGUUGAUGAAAUAUUAAACGUUGCCGAAAAGAAAGUUUCUGAGCAAGAACAGGCACAGACUCCUAACACCAGUGUUCCACAUCAAAAUCAAGAACUUGUCAGUAUUAAUUGGGGCAAUUUCGACAAUAACGAUCCAUUCGGCUUCGUGAAUGAAGAAAAAUUCGAAUCUACUCAUGCAGUUGAACACGCAAAUGCUCCUGUGCCUAAUGUCUCUACGGAGCUCGAACAUAAACUAAAAACGUUGGAAUUCAUGCUCUUUAAUGCAGAAAAGGAAAGAGACGAGGCGCUUGCUCAAUGCAAUCAACUCACCAAUGAGUUGGCAGAACUCAUUUACGAAAAGGAACAACGUAGAUUUUCUCAAGAAAUCCCUCCUCAACAACUUCAUCAAGAUGUAAUAGAUUCAGGGAUAGUUCCUCUUCAGAAGGCACACAUUUCUGAACAAGACCGCAAAGAACUUCAAAAUAUAGAAUUCGAACCAGUUCAUUUUACAAAAACUGAUGGUUCUCAACCCGUUGAAGAAGUUGUAGGACCUCCAAAAACUGCCUACUUGGAAUAUAAUCCCGAAAAUGAUAAAAAAAAUUCAGGUCAGCAGGUAACACCUCCUGUGACUAGUGAUAUUUUUGAAAAUGACGACGGAUGGGGCUGGGGACCUGACGAAGCUAAACUUGAAGAAGAGCGCACCCAAAAAGAGGCAAGAAGUAACCUCGAAAUCGAUACCAAUCCACGUAUUGAACAAUUGGAGGAAAGAAUCCGGGUCCUUGAACUUGACAGGGAACGUCACCUGGAAGAAAUACGUCAACUACAAGUUAAGGCCGGAAAGUUGAUCAAGAAAGUGAAGGAACUCAAGAACCAAAACGAUAAACUAACAGCUCAAAAGUCGCGAACUGACGAAUUCGGCGACUUGGAAAAUACAAUCCAGGAAGAACUUAAAUCGCAAAUAAGCAAUCUCGAGAAGAGAAUCAAAGAAAUCAACAACGAAUUAGACAAAGAACGUCGAGAGAAGAACAAUCUUUUACAACGCGUCGAUGUUUUAACAGCGUCACACGAGAGAAUGCUGGAAAUGAAGGAAAAACAAGAUAUCGAAAUGUUAGGAUGGCAACAAAGGAAUCGGGAAUUAGCUUCAAAACUGGAGCAGCUCGAGUGGGGCGAUGGUGAUCACGAAUCUCCCAAAAAACAACCCACACAAUUCAAGCAGCAAACUGAUACUAAUGAAAAUGAAAGCAAUCAUGAACUGCUUGCAAAAAUUAAUGAAUUGAAUGAAACAAUCAAAGAACUCGUUCUAGACAACGAGGAAUUACAACUACUACUCGAAGAGCAGCGCAAUCUGAGAAUUUCUCUCGAACGUUCCAAAUCAUUAGAACCGUCUUCCGAAAACAUGAAAUCUGAAGCAGAAUAUACAACACUCCUUACUGAACAUACCAAAUUAAAAGAAAGUACAACUUUAAUAGAAAAGGAAUUAAACAUGUUGAAACAAGAAUUGGAAGAAAAAUCUGAACUAGAAAAGGUAAUUUUUGAGUUACAGCAACAGAAAACUAAAUUAGAAGAAAACUUAAAAGAAAAUAACGAACACGUCGCAGAGCUACAACAUAAAAUUCAAAAUCAAAAUAAACAACUAGAAGAUUCUUCCAACUUAAGAGAAAAAUUAACUAGUAUUGAGCAAGAAAAUUCGAGACUUGUUUCUGAAGUAAAUUCUCUGACUAUGACAAUACAACAACUUAAAUCGGCCAAUGUUAAUAGUGAUGAACUUGCUACAACUAUUGAGGCAUUGAACAAAGAAAAAUCCGAUCUAUUUAACGCCCUUCAAGAAAGCAACGUCCAAGUGCAAAACCUCAACGACAUGCUUUCGGAAGCCACCGUUCAGAUUCUGUCACUCGAAAAACAAUUGGCGAAAUCAACUUCUGACGAGCAAAGUUUUGAAAUCCAAUAUCAAGAAAAGCUUACUGAACUCAACGAAACAAAGACAGAAUUAACUACGUUAUCGCAAAAACUAAACGAGUAUGAGAAGGAGCUAUCAGUAAAUUCAGAAAAAUAUAGUGACAUUGAAAAACGACUCCAAGAGAAGACAGAAGCUUGUGCAAAUUUCGAAAUCCAACUCGCCGAACAUGUCGAGCAACUCGAUCACCUUAAGCACGAAUUAACAGAGAAAAAUCAACAAUUGGAAUCAUUAAUUUCUAAAUUGGAAACUAACGAAUCUGAAUACGAAAGUAAAUUAGCGACAACAAUUCAGCAACUAACCGAAGAAUGGUCUCAGAGGGUUGAUCAACGUGGUACAGACGUGGCAGAAAGUUGGAAGUUGCACUUGGAAUCCAGGGAAACGGAAUUCAUGCAAUUGGAACAACAGCUACGAAAGGAAAUUUUCGAAUUGGAAUCGAAAUUCAACGUACUUGUCAAUGAGAAUAACGAAUUGAGGAGAAACGUUGAUGCCGAGAUAAGAAACGAAGUCGAUCGAGUCUCAGCUCUUCAACAGCAAAUCGUCGAUGGUCAGGAGAUGAUAAAACAGCUAACGCUGUCAUUAGAAACAAACCAACGAGAAAUCGAGUCGCUAAAUGAGAAACUUAAAAAUCAAGAACUACUUACUGAAAAAUUGCAGUCGGAAUUACAAGAGAAAAAUAACAGUGUUGUCUCUUAUGAAAAUAUUGUUAAAGAAAAGGAUGCUUUAGUAAACGAAAAACAGAGCAUGUGUGAAAACCUCCAUAAAGAAUUGGAAAAAUUCAAAGAAGCAUUCAAUGAAAAUCUGCAUUCUUUGAACAACUGCCAAAAAGAAUUGGCUUCCGAAAGAGAAAUGAGAUAUUCAAUUGAAAAACUUAAUGACGAUAGCAAAAACUACAUCCAAUCGAUUUCCCAAAGGCUCGAAGAAACCGCCGCAAAACUGACUAACGCCAACAAAACAAUAUCUGCCCUAGAAAAUCAAGUUAAAGAGCACGAAGAGCGCAUUUCGAAUCUUUUAAAAGAUAUUCAAGACAAGGAGUCUCAAUUAAAUGCGUACACCCAGCAAAAUACGAAUCUGGAAGCCCUCACGGUUGAAUUACGAAAUAAAGAUUCAGUUAUCGAUCAGAUGCAGGCGCUACUUUCAGAAAAAGAAAGGGAAUUCACCUACAUUUUGGAACUGAAAAUGCAACAAAAAGAUUCUCUCCUUGAAGACGAAGCAGAAAAGAUCAAUGCUCUUAAACAAAGACUGUCGCAAACCGAAACACACUACGAAGAAAUUUUGAUGGCCAAAGAAUCGGACCUACAGCUCCUACAAGCAACUGUUCAGGAAUAUUCUAAUAAAAUCGACGAAAUCAACGCGAUCAAAGAACAACUAAUAAAUAAAGAGAAAGAAUGCGAGAAUUUAAACAAGGCUUUGGAUGAACAGAAGGUCAAAUUAGAUGGUUAUCGUAACUCUUAUGAGCAGCUAGAGCAACAAAAUGAAGAAUUAAUGGAAGAAAAGAAACAGGUUGUUGAACUGCACAAAAUCAUAGAAGACCAAGUUCUACGAAUCGAAGACUUAAAGAAACAAGUCUUUGAAAAGAGUAAAGAUUACGAUUCAUUGAUUGCCGAAAUGGAAAUACAAACAACCCCGAGAUCGUCAACCGCAGAAGCUGCUCCAGAAGUUCGUAAAAUUAUCCAACAAAACUACGAAACUCAAAAGGUUGAUAAUAGAAGACAACUUCAGGAAGAUGACACCAGUGAACCCGUCAGCAGAGCAGAAUUGGACUUGGCUCUUUACAUGCUCCACCAGAGGGACGUCAGAUGUGAAGAAUUGACUUUAGAACUGACGCAACUCCUUGAAGAAAGAGACACGUUGCAACUGAAGCUCUCCAAUGCGUUAAGAGAAAAAGAAGAUCUAAGGCGUAAAGCUCAGUUUGAACAAGGGGUCGAGAAGGGGAGAAAAGAUGGAGAGGAUGAGAAAACUACUGCUUCUGGCACUGGCGCAAUUCCAAAAAGUAACAGUGCGUCUGCUACAGUUCUUGGUGCUACUGGAACUGAACUUGCAGCUGAAGUUACAGAAGGAGAUUUGAAGACCAAAGAGAAUUCGCUAAAUAACAAACUUUUGGAGUUGAAAUCUAUAGGGUAUCGUAAAGACAAAACCAUUCUGGACGAGCAAGAGCAGAGAAGGUUACAAGAAUUGACGAUUCUUCAACAAUAUCAAGACGUUGGAGCAAUGUUACCCCCGGAAGCUGCAGCCAAACUCAUGCACGAUGCAACCUACACUCUGUCCCGAGAUGUACAAAGUCCGUCUAAGGUGCUGUUGAAUUGGUUAUGGGGGCGAAGUACUCCUAAAAAUUAAAAAAAAAAAGUUUCUUUUCUACAACACUUUCGUUUGCAUUUAUUACUGCUCCUGUUGAAAUGUGAUAAAAUGAGUCCUGUUUUGAAAAUGAUUUCCCGCUUUUGUAUUUUAUUAACUUAAAAAUGUAAUUAGUUGUAUAAAUGCCUUUUAUAUGUAAUAAGAUAAAAGUUUAAUGUGGCUGUUGAUGUUGUACCUAUAUACAUAUAAAUACAAUAAAAAAAUAGUGCCUA